GUUUCUUUUAAUAGCAAGUGCAAGUGUUUGAGGAGCAGAGUUUAUUUUAAGGUCCCACAACCAUUUUGUAUUUCAAAUUAUGUCUGUUUAAUAAUAUGUGACACCAUGAAAAAAAAAAAUCAAUAUGGUGGAUUUCAAUGGCUGUCUUUACAAAAACAGGACCAUAAAAAUAAGCCGAGUGCUGACUCGCACCUUGACACUGAUUCCCAACACUGUUGGCAUUGAGACUGUCCUUGGCAGAUAGCAAGCCUUAAAAACACACCGCCCUCUAGUCUGCUCCAGCUUCUGAGGACUUGUUACACCUCUGAGUUCUCCAGUCCCUGCUCACUCGAACAAUUCCAUCAGAGUGGCAAAACCCAGCAGUGAAUUGGCAUUGCUGGCAGUUUCCAUGGCUCUUUCAGGAGAAGUGUGUGUGGUGACAGGAGCCUGCGGGUUUCUUGGAGAAAGGCUGGUUCGACUGUUGCUGAAGGAGGAGAAGCUUGCUGAGAUCCGACUGCUGGAUAGAAACAUCCGCUCUGAGCUAAUACAGUCUCUUGAUGAUUGCCGGGGAGAGACUAAAGUGAGUGUUUUCGAGGGCGAUAUCAGGAAUCCUGAGCUGCUGAGGAGAGCUUGUAAAGGAGCAGCGCUUGUUUUUCACACUGCGUCUCUCAUUGAUGUCAUUGGAGCAGUUGAAUACAGUGAACUGUAUGGAGUUAAUGUCAAAGCAACAAAGCUGCUGCUUGAGACAUGCAUCCAAGAAAACGUACCCUCCUUCAUUUACACCAGCAGCAUUGAGGUGGCUGGUCCCAAUCCCAGUGGUGAACCAAUCAUCAACGGCAAUGAGGACACCCCAUACUCCUCUCGCCUUAAAUUCAGCUACAGCAAAACCAAAAAGGAGGCCGAAGAGAUUUGCCUGCAGGCCAAUGGAGAUCUGCUGUGUAAUGGAGGUCAGCUCGCCACCUGUGCACUGAGGCCCAUGUACAUUUUUGGACCAGGCUGCCGAUUUACUUUAGGCCACAUGAGGGAUGGAAUCCGCAAUGGAAAUGUGCUGCUGCGAACCUCACGCCGUGAGGCUAAAGUGAAUCCUGUAUAUGUGGGAAACGCAGCCCUGGCACAUCUACAAGCAGGACGGGGACUCAGAGAUCCUCAGAAAAGGGCCAUGAUGGGAGGAAACUUCUAUUACAUCUCAGACAACACGCCACAUGUCAGCUAUUCGGACUUUAACUAUGCUGUUCUGUCCUCUUUAGGCUUUGGGAUACAAGAGAGGCCAAUUCUGCCCUUUCCGCUCCUGUAUAUUCUUUCUUUCUUCAUGGAGUUGCUGCACGUUGUGCUCCGACCCUUCCUAACGUUUACUCCACCCUUAAAUAGGCAGCUACUGACCAUGCUUAACACGCCUUUUAGUUUCUCAUAUCAAAAGGCUCACAGGGAUUUCGGCUACACCCCUCGCUAUGAAUGGGAAGAGGCGCGCAAAUGCACUACUGAUUGGUUUGCAUCUGUCUUACCUGCAGAAAUACGAUCAAUUAACUUGAAAUAAACUCGCAUGUUGUUUAUGACUUUAACUGCCUGUUGGUUAAACGUGCCAGUGUUUAAUAAUUCAAUAUAUUGUGAUAAGGAACAAGCAUGGUUCAGAUCAGUUGUGUUUUUUAAAGUAACAUUAACAAAACUUCUGUAACAAAUGUAGCUAUUUCUUACUAUUGAUGUUAGUUAUUAUAGUGCAUUAACAAUUACUAAUGAGACCUUAUUGUUAAACAUUACCUAUUGUAUCUUUAUAAACCCUUUGCUAUUAAAUUAGUUUGAAGUUUUUUGCUCUGAGCAUUUACAUAAAUUAUUAUACCUGUUAAAGUAUCCCUUUUUGCGGUCUAUGUCAAUCUUGUGAGAAUUAUUUCAGGAUAAAAGCUUCAGCAAUUAUUGCAACAACAAAAAAAAAGUUUAAUGCAUUAUAUGCCUACUGUUGGAUUUCCUACAUUCAACUUAAGGUGUCUAAUGCGCUUUAUCAACUGAACAUGGUUUUUAUUACUGAAUAUGUUUCAGAAAUAGUGAUUAAUCGGCUUUCAAUGCUAUCUGCCUGCCUUCAGUGGAGAUAUGCAGUCUCAGCUUGCAUCAUCAAGGCUACAUCCAGAUACUAUUGGAGUCUUGGACAAUUUUACAUUUGGGGUCGAUUGUCAAACGUAGGCCUACUUUAAAUACUUUAAAUAAAUACAUGUAUAAUGUGAUAAUUGAUUAAUGUUUGAGUCUGUAUGCAUGUGUGUAUUUUAGGCUAUCCCUCCGCUGUCUGUUGUUGUCAUUCAAUGGUGAUAAUUGUGUUAAGCAAAGCUACCAAUAGGAGGCAAAGUGAGCCAGGUUUGGGUGUGGCGCUGUAAAACAAUAUGUCAACAGUUUGUGAGCUAUUGCAAUUUCAUUAAACACUUAAUGUGAUAAUA